AUGCCUCUUUAUUCCACACGUAUUUUUCCUCCAUUUCUCUUUUUUUUCAUGGCUUCAGUUAUUGGCAUGUUGCAUGUUCUUUUCGGCCUUUCUCUGUUUGUUUGCUUGUUUGUUACAGGAGUGCAGGCGGAGCUGUUCUACGUGCGCGAGGGCGUGGUCAACGAGUACGCCCUCAACUUUCAGGUGCCCGUGCCGCCGCACUUGGGUGCUCUACACUUCGCCUGGCAGAGCCUCGCCCACCACCCGCUGCAGUACUCGCUGGCGGUGGAGCUGGGCGGCGGCGCGGCCGAGGCGCUGGGCACGCCGGCGCUCAACGUGUCGCACGCGGGGCUCGUGCCCACCGCGCCGCAGGUCUUCCGCAUCACGCUGCCCUGCACCGGCCGCGUCUCGGCGGAGGUCAACGUCACCGUCGCCAUCAACGUCACGCUCGGCCCAGGCAACGUCACCUCGCUCGCCAUCCGACGACGCAAGUUCUGCCAGAAGGGCGACUAUGACACGGACGUGGUGGUGGUGAUGGACUCUGCGCCCGAGGGCGCGUCUGCGCUCGUCUUCUACGUGGCCAUGGGCUGCGCGUGCGCAGUCAUCGCCGUCAUCGUCGCCUUCAUCGCCGUGUACUACGUGCGCAGCGGGAAGGCGCGGCGCCAGGGCGAGAUGCUGCAGGAAUCACGCAACGGGUCGAGCAGCAGCGCGCAGGGCCACGCCACCUUCCUGACGGCGGCGGAGGCGGCUGCGGCGGCGGCCGCGGCGGCGGGGGCCAGGGGCUGCGGGAGUGGGGGCGGCGCGGCCUGCCGGCGGGGGUGGCCGCGGUGGGGCCGGGGGCGGCAGGCGCCGGGGGCGGCACCUCCGCCUCCCUCGUGUAAGUCGGCAGCGUCCUACGCCUCCUUCCGCCGCCCGCCGUCCUACUCGCUGCUGCUGGACGAGCGGCCGGGCCACCAGGACAUCCACGAGCGCAUCGCUGAGCUCACCAUCCAAAGGUGCCGGGUGCGACUGCGCGCGGUGGUGCUGGAAGGCACCUUCGGCCGCGUCUACCGCGGCUCCUACAACGACGAGGAGGUGCUGGUGAAGACGGUGGCGGACCACGCGGCGCAAGGCCAGGUGUCGCUGCUGCUGCAGGAGGGCAUGGCCAUGUACGGCGUCACCCACAAGCACGUGCUCUCCGUGCUGGGCGUGUCCAUCGAGGACCACACCGCGCCCUUCCUCUAUAAAAUCCUGUUCCUGCAGAAGUGCAAGCUGUGCCCGGAGGGCGUGGCGCACACGCUCACCACGCAGGAGGUGGUGGAGAUGGCGCUGCAGGCGGCGUCGGCCGUGCACUUCCUGCACAAGCGGCGGCUGGUGCACCGCGACCUGGCGGCGCGCAACUGCGUGGUGGACGAGAAGCUGCGCGUGAAGGUGGCGGACAACGCGCUGGCGCGGGACCUCUUCCCCGCCGACUACCACUGCCUGGGCGACAACGAGAACCGCCCCAUCAAGUGGCUCGCCGUCGAGAGCCUGCUCCACAAGCACUUCUCAACUGCCUCUGACGUGUGGUCGUUCGGCGUGCUGCUGUGGGAGCUGACGACGCUGGCGCAGCAGCCCUACGCGGAGGUGGACCCCUUCGAGAUGGGCGCUUACCUGCGCGACGGAUACCGCCUCGCGCAGCCCGUCAACUGCCCCGACGAGCUGUUCGCGGUGAUGGCGUACUGCUGGGCGGUGAACCCCGACGAGCGGCCGACGCUGUCGCAGCUGCUCAUCUGCCUGCAAGAGUUCCACACGCAGCUCACGCGCUACGUAUGAGCGCCGGCGCCACCUCGCCCGCCACGCCACGCCCCCGCGCCCGCCACGGACCGCCCGCGCCAAGUGCCUGUGCAACAAAACGGCGGCUGCGGCGGGCGCGGGCGCUUCUAGAAAUCCACGGCCUACGCCGGCGCCCGCCCCGCCACGCCGCAUGCCACUCGUCAUGCCACGCCACGACCACGCCAGCGACGCACGCGCCCGGCGCCGCGCGCCUAAC